UUAUUAUCAUGGAUGUUGUUAAUUCAAUAUUGGAAAAUGAAGAUGCUGUAUCAGAAUCUAAAAAAUAUACGACGAUUCAUAAAGAUAUUGAGCCUGAAAUCGAUCUAGGCUCACUCCUUAUAUCUGAUACUAAUGCUUUAGAUUCAAAAAAAUUAAGUUCGAAUUCAAAUACUUAUCUACAACAGUUAACAAGAGAUAAUGUUCAACUUCUUAUUAAUGCUGUAUGGAGUCUUCCUACCGAACGUGUGGAAGAAGCAAUAGUUGUUCAAUUGCCAAAGCCUCAAUAUGUAGUUCCACGAACUCGUUGUAUACCAAAACCUAAACCUUUAACAAAAUGGCAACAAUUUGCCAAAGAAAAGGGAAUAAGAACUAAUAAGAAAAAUAGGACAAAAUUGAAAUGGGAUGAAGAAUUACAAAAAUGGAUGCCCAGGUAUGGUUAUCAACGGACUAAAGCAACAGAACAAAAAGAAUGGCUUGUGGAAGUUGGAAAUGAUAAUAAUCCAAAAGAAGAUCCAUUUACUGCUAUGAGUGCGAGUAAACGUGAAAGACAAUCUAAAAAUGAAUUACAACGAUUACGCAAUAUAGCUAAGUUGAAAAAAGUGAAACUACCACAAGUAGGUCUUCCUACUGUAGAACAUUUUCCCAAAUCAAGCCAGCUUUCUACAGCUGUAACAAUAGCACAUCAAUCAACAGCAUCUUUAGGGAAAUUUCAAGAGAGAUUACCAAAAGAAAAAGAUGCGAAAGGAGUUUUAACAAAAUUGCCGGGUUUGAAGAGAAAGCCUAAAGAAAUUCCAUUGAAUCUAAAAGAUGAAAAAGAAAAAAAUAAAGAUUUAGUAAACAAGAUUCUUAGUAAUAAAAGUAUCAUUUUAAAUACGGAUUCAUCUUCAGUAUCUACAGUGAAAAGAAAGAAAGUAACAAGUAAGAAGAGCAAAGGUUCGAAGAAACCAAAAGCUGGCAAAGGCAAAAGAGAUAUGCAUAUGAAAGCAGGUGGUAGAAAACGCAGAUAAACAAAAAAUAAAGCAAUAUACAUGGUAUAACAUUACUUUUAGAACAAAAUAUGAUAAUAAAUUUUGUUAUAUUAUUCAAGUUACUUAAGUAAUAUUAUGCAUUUAUAUAUAAAUAUAUAUAAAGUAUA